UUCCGGUGGACCCGGGCACCGCCAUGGCAGGCCUGGAACAGGAAGAGGGAAGCAACAGAGACGACUGGGGCGUCGCCAUUACAGGUCGGGGCCGGAAGAAGAGGGAGGGCGCCACCAUGACGUGCUGGGCUUGAAAGGAAAGGCUGCUUGCCCCGUCUCUGACCGGAAAAAACGAGAAAGCUCGGACUGGGCGCCGCCAUGACAACUUGAUACCGGAAAAGGCGGGUCGCCCCUCCCUGAUAGCACACCGUCACCUGCCUGGAGAUAAUGAUCCUCAGACUUCUCUGCCCUACAGGCAGGCGGCCCUGGAGGUCACUGCCCGCUACUGUGGUCAGGAGCUGGAGCGGUAUGGCCAGUGCGUGGCGGCCAAGCCUGAGUCAUGGCAGCGGGACUGCCACCACCUCAAGAUGAGCAUUGCUCGCUGUACAUCCUCACACCCAAUCAUCCGCCAGAUCCGCCAGGUCUGUGCUGAGCCUUUCCUGGCCUUUGAGGAAUGUCUGCGACAGAAUGAGGCGGCUGUGGGCAACUGCACGGAGUAUGUACGCCGCUUCCUGCAGUGUGCUGAGCAGGUGCAGCCUCCACGUUCACCCACGACUGUGGAGGCACAGCCGCUUCCUGCCUCCUGAGGACUCUUGGCUGCAGGAAAGCUGGACACGAGUAACUGACCACACUUGAUGCCCCUACCCCCCCACACAGAGUGGCCUGGUGGAGUCCUGGUUGCAGCCGCGCCCUGGACGUGGGCCUGGCAUCACUGGAUAUUAGUUUUUCCAACAAAUAAAGACUUUGUGU